AAAGUGGGGGCAGGGAUGAGACACUUGACGGAGUAAUCCACUUCUGAGUGUUUCUUCUUCUUCUUCGUCUUCGUCUUCGUCUUCGUCUUCGUCUUCUUCUCUCUCCUCCUUUUCUGCAUCUAGAGAGAGACAAAGCGGCAUAUACAAAAGGAACUUGCUCUCCUUCCCUUCUCGUACGUGGAAAAAGCCAACUCCAUGCUCUUGGCCCCCAACCAUACUUCAAGCCUCUCUUAGAUUCAUUCUCCUAAAGGAUAACCCAUUGCCAACGAAGCUCCGAUCUGCAUCUUCUUCCCCUCUAUGAUCGCCUCCGGCACCGACAUCGCCCGCUCCUUCGGCGUCGGCGGCGGCUUCGUCUCCCGGAUGAUGGCGGGGGCACGGCCGAAUGCAGCCGUCGCGGUCACGGCCUUGGCGGGCCUCGCUGUGGUCGUCGUUCUCUUCUACUCUGCCAGUAGAGCUCUUAAACAAACUCCAACUCCAUCGUCUCCGGAUCCGAAUUCCAAUUCUCCUCCUUCUUCAUCUUCCUUGUCGUCAGCCUCGUCGUCAUGGGUUCAUUUGCGUUCGGUUCUAUUCGUUGUUACUUCUUCUUCACCGGCUUCUUCUUCCUCCUCUGAUCGGGGACGCCUUAAAUCGCCUUGGUCACGCAAGAAAAGAAAGCACGCACUUUCACCGCAACAAUGGAGGAGUUUGUAUACGCCAGAUGGGAAACUUCGAGAUGGCGGCCUUAAGUUUUUAAAAAAAGUUCGGAGUGGAGGUGUAGAUCCAAGUAUUAGAGCAGAGGUCUGGCCAUUCCUUCUUGGAGUCUAUGACUUGACCAGUUCUGAAGAAGAAAGAGAUGCUGUAAGAGUACAGAAGAGGAAAGAAUAUGAAAGGCUUCGCAAACAAUGCCGAUCUUUACUGAAGUUUGGGGAUGAGAGUAUAAAGUUGAAUGAUGAUGAUAUGAACUGCCACAAGGAGGGGGUCAUUCAGCAUGCUGCUCAUGGUGAUGACUCUUCAAUGAACUGCUGCAACAAGGAGGGGGUCAUUCAGCAUGCUGCUCAUGGUGAUGACUCUUCAAUGAACUGCUGCAACAAGGAGGGGGACAAUCAGCAUGUUGCUCAUGGUGAUGACUCUCCUAGUUUGGGAGAUGUGAUAAGUGCUAGAGAAUCAAUUUCUAGUGAUGAAAGGGGUUUAAACUCGGGGGUUUUGUUGGAAGAGGAUGACAGUUCUAGAGGGAUGACAAAUGCUGAUGCUUCUGUUCUAAAUACUGAAUCAUCUGACUCAGAUUCGUCUGGGGAUCCUGAAGUUAGUCAUACAUUCCCUUCCUCUGAUGGUAGAGAAGAUAAUGAUCCUGAUUUCACCUCCAAAAAUUUGUCUCCCUUGGUUGAGGUUACAUCCAAAUUUCGCAGUAAUGAAGACUUCACAACAUGGCAGCGGAUCAUCCGUCUUGAUGCAGUGCGUGCAAAUGCAGAAUGGAUAGCAUAUGCACCAUCCCAAGCAGCAGUAUCGGAUGAUAAGGCUAGGCAUUUGGCUGAGGUUGUUGGUUUGAAAGAUUACGAUCACCUAGAGUCAUCCAGGAUCUUUCAUGCUUCUAGGUUGGUCACCAUUCUUGAAGCAUAUGCUCUUUAUGAUCCUGAAAUUGGGUAUUGCCAAGGAAUGAGUGAUCUGCUUUCUCCUAUAAUUACCGUGAUAACUGAAGAUCAUGAGGCAUUCUGGUGCUUUGUAGGGUUCAUGCGGAAAGCUCGGCAUAAUUUUAGGCUUGAUGAGGUUGGGAUUCGAAAGCAACUGAACAUUGUAUCUAGGAUCAUCAGGUUCAAGGACUCUCACCUUUACAGACACCUGCAAAAUCUCGAAGCGGAGGAUUGCUUUUUUGUUUAUAGGAUGGUUGUGGUACUCUUUAGAAGGGAAUUAACAUUUGAACAGACACUGUGCCUAUGGGAGGUGAUGUGGGCUGAUCAGGCAGCUAUUAGAGCUGGUGUAGGUAAAUCAGCUUGGAGCAGGAUUAGGCAACGAGCCCCACCCACGGAGGAUCUGCUGCUCUACGCAAUUGCUGCCUCGGUAUUGCAGAAGAGAAAGUUGAUUAUAGAGAAAUACAACAGCAUGGACGAAAUAAUAAGGGAGUGUAACAGUAUGGCCGGGCAACUUGAUGUAUGGAAACUAUUGGACGGUGCUCAUGAUUUGGUGGUGACCCUCCAUGAGAAGAUAGAAACCUCGAUUUAACGAGUAAAUGCCCAAUUGUUGGGUUGUUGGUUUACGUGCCAUUCUUCCUGGACCCGUAUCUAGGCUUCUGCUCAGAGAAAGUGCAGCUCUCUUGGCUCUUAUUCAAGGGGGUAGCCAGAUGUUUCUUUUGCUCACAUUCUUGUAGCUCACUCAAGCUCACUCAAGUUGUAGUGACGGAUUUUAAUGAUGAAUCACUAUAAUUUGCAUAACAUUGCAUCCUCACCUUGAUCUGUUUCAGAGUGGCUGCAUAAUAGCUGAAAAUGGGAGUAGCCUAUCGACAAGCACGAGAAUGAAUUUUGAAAAAGUAGAAAAUAUUAGGUCAUUGGUGUACGUUUAGCUGGAGUAAUAACUUCUGGUCUACAUUGUUGGGUUGGUUUUUUUGUGAACUUGGUUCAUGUAAUCUGUUUCUAGUUAACCAAAGUCUAUAUUCAAGAAUUUUAGUCGAUA